AUGAGGUUCUUCUCCUGCAACAAGAAAGGUCAUGCCGCUAACACUUGUCACAAAUUGGGCCGUCAGCUCAAUGCUUCCUACAGUUCUUCAUCUUCUGGGCCAUUUACUAGAUACUAUGUUAAUCCACAAUCUGCUGCUACCUCUUCUUAUUGGAUUGUUGACUUUGGCGCUACUGCUUAUGUGACUGCUGCCAAUCAGCACCUGCAGAAUUCUUCUCCAUACACUGGCUCUGACUCUUUGCAAGUUGGUAAUGCAAAUAAGUUUCUUCGCGACAACUCUUGUUCACUAACGUUCUAUCCUGAGUCCUUCACAAUUAAGGACUUAGCUACGAAGAGGAUGCUCUUCCAAGGUCUCAGUGAGGAUGGUGUCUAUCGACUUUUUGCUGGUAUUGCAGCUUCUUUUUCCUCAAGCCCUUCAACUGCUUUUCUGGUUAAUAAAUGUGAUAUCUUCACUUGGCACAGAAGUGACAAUCAUCUACCUGUUAGUGGUGACUUGUCUAAGUCCUUAAUAUGUUCUGAUUGUAUGGUUGGGAAAGCUCAUAAGCUUCCUUUUGUUCGUUCUGCACAUAAGUCCACCAAGCCUUUGGAGCCUGUGCAUUCGGAUGUCUGGGUCCCAGUCCCACUAUUUCAGCUCUUGGAAUCUGUAGUUCCUUCUUCUCCUAAUCGUCAUCCAAUGGUUACUUGA